GUGGCCAGCCGUCUUUGGCAGCCAUGAUUGAUGCAGAAGUUGACGAAACCGUAAACAUAACAGAUCGCUGACUGUAAUACUGUAGUCAUGAAAUCAGUCAUCAUGUUUACCGGUUCACACACGAGGAAAGUUCUGGGGGUAACAAUAUUUUAUUAACAACAGUCAUCACUGUCGCGUUGCCGCGUGUCAGCGACACCGCCAGCAUCAGAACGCAAUGGUGUGGCCAGGCGGUGGAGACUGCCAGGGGAGCACGGUGACACUGCUCCGAAACCGAGAGCGAGGUGCAGGUCCCCGUCACGCGACCCAUGCACCGCAUUUUGACCGCAUGGCUGAGGAUAGGGCUGCGCAUUACCACCUGGAAGAAACGGAAUGCAAGUUACCCUCUUCGGUACGCUCAACUUUCCUUAUGGCCUUCAGCCCGGACUGUACAAAAGUUGCCUCGACACACGGAGACCACCGCAUCUACGUGUGUGAGGUUUCCACCGGCCAAUUGGCACACACUCUCGAGGGUCACCCCCGAACUCCCUGGUGCUUGGCCUUCCACCCAUCCUCAAAUUACAUCCUGGCUUCCGGCUGCCUCGGCGGAGAAGUACGCGUCUGGGACCUCAGGGGAGGGAGCGAAGUAUGGACAUCGCCCCAGAACAGCGUCAUCUCCUCCCUUGCCUUCCACCCCACGGAGCCCCUUCUAGCUAUUGCCACGGGCAAUGGUGUCCAUCUGUGGGACUGGCGGAGGGGAAGACCUCUGGCUACGUGCCGAACGGCCUCGGAGCGAGAGAAAGUUCGCUUUGUGCAGUUCUGUCCUCCCUGUGGGGAUUCCCUCGUCACUGGGAUCACCAAUGUGUCCGUGGCGGACGGCGCUAGUGCUCAUGGAUCGGCGAGCUCCACUCCGACGCGUCGGAGGAGCAUUCUGGGACGUCUCAUGUCCAUGUACCAGAGGCUGGAAGGCCUAGAGGAACUGUCCAGCUAUCACCCGACAGCACCACCCGUAGAAUCUCAAGACGUCUUGCAGCAGGCACGGGACUAUGCACGAGAUGUCACUGAGCUGCAUAGGCUUCAACAGCUGGAGGAGUUUCCAUUCGAGCCAGAGGCUGAGAGGUUGGCAGCUGGGAGUUCACUCACUGAAGAGGAUCCUGAAUCUGAGUCCCAAAGGGGAGGGUCAUCCAUCCUGGCCCAGAGCAGGGACUUCUGGGCGACCUUUCAGAGGCUACGAUGCAUCUGCUCCCGCUUGGAACGGCGUAUGCAGCAACAUCAGCAGCGGAGCCACGCGGAGCUGGUGCGGCAUACACCACCCGCUGCCGUGUCGACACCUCGUCCAUCAUCAAGCAGCAGAGGAGAGGAAGGUUCACCUUCAAGAACUGAGGGAGGGAACCGAGAGGUGUCCCUCUCUCUCGUGAGUCUCCUGACGCGACUACAGCUGUCACUACAGAGCCUGAGUAGUGCAGCGCUGACUACAGCGGUCGCAAGGGACCAAAUACACCAGGUGCGACUGCGGAUCACGGAAAUCCUGGAGCGCCUCGCCAAUGUCAGCGGCUACCGGGCCAGGCUUACGAGCCUGAGGGACCAGAUCUAUGAAGCGGAGCGUAUGGCACGACGAGGCGAGGAGGAAGGCUCCCCUAGUCAGCAUUGGGACCUAGCCUAUUGCCUCUGGCUCGUCGAAAUGAGCCUCCAGCUUACUCGGCAGAUGCAGCGAAUCCUGGCGGCAGACUACAGGCUCACGCAGUUGCACCUCGACGUGUCCUCGACCGAUAGCUCUCCCGCCGCCAGUACCUCCCGGACGGACUUGCCUUCAACGUCUGGCAUCGCGACCACACCCAACCUCAGGCGCAGAGCCAGCAACGGUCCUCCGCCAGUCCGUAGGAGGGAGUCCUACGCGUACCGCGAUUCUUCGGAGUCCUCAUCUUCGGACGACGAGAGCCUGGACUUUAGCACUCACAUGGGCCUGAUGCGUUCGUCAAGCAGACGCUGGGCACCCUCCUCGCCCACCAGCGUGGCCGAGGGGACGAGUGUGCCCGAGGUGCAUGUACUGCCCCCUCAAUCCCCACCACGCCCCUCUGCUCCACCGCCGCCACCACAGGAGAGGCCCAGGUCGCCUCCUUUACCGGUAAUCUUGUCAGCAUGGUCCGUUCCACGCGGUUUGGCAGCCGGUAGCGGAGUGUCAGCGGCUGAAUCUUCGACGUGGGGCUACGGAAGCGGCGCCCCGUACAUGUCUAUGUUGUAUGAUGCUGGAUUGAGACCCAGACUUGGCAGCCAUGAAAUCCUUCCCAACCUCACCCACCGUAUCCAGUGUUGGGACAUGACGACUGCCCAGAUUCCUGACAUAAGUGAUGCCAAAGCCUGCGUGGUGGCGCCACGAUGCAAGAUUCACAACGACGCCAGUGUUGCCCUCGGGGGCGGUCUCGUAGCAGCUCUGCUACCGAACGGGCUCCUGGCAGCUUCUCUAGGAGUGUAUUCCUUGAGGAAAGGUAGCCUCGGACAGCUACUAUACACGUGGUCCUUUGGAACAAAUGCCAUUUCCGUCAGCCUGUCUCCCAUGGCUCGCUACUUGGUCGUGGGCUUCGCUUCUACCCGUGCCCUCUUUCCUUCAGACAGGGAGGUAAAGGUGGUAGCCCAAAUUUUUAAGCUGGGCUCUGCAGAUGUAUGCGCACUCUCUUCUGAGGACGGAAGCAGUGGUCGGGGUCUCUUACAGCACGUAGGCAACAUGAGUCAGCCUGGAGGUACCCAGCCGCCCGUGAGCCUCAACUCAGUCCGCUGGCUUCCGCGGCCCGGAGAAGGGCUCAUUUAUGGGACAAAUCGCGGCACCCUUUGCAUCUGCAGGCCGCAAAAGCCCAUACUAAAGGAAGAUAACGGGAAGAUGCAGAAGAAAUCCGGUCCCACAAGAGACUCCACCAGUCCGUUUGUGAUGCUUACAGACCAGGUGGACCAAGCAGCACGCAAUACCACCAUUCAGGUCCUGUCAACAGCGUCCCAAACCGCAGUACCGCAGACGCAGACGACGGGAACGCAGACGACGCUACGUGGCGCAGGUCACCUCCUGCAGCCAACCAUGGCGGGACCGAGUUCACCGCAGGACGGUUCCACUUCGCAGGCUGCUCCCCUGGCACAGCGGUUCUUCACGUGCUAGCUCAAGUGCUUUUUUUUUCUUUUUUUUCUUUUUUUUUAUAGGGACCGAACUUACGACUUGUUGCCAACACUCGUUACCUGUGAUAUGCUAGACGCGGUGUUCCAGCUGCUGCCGUCGCUCCAGCACUCUCUGACAGCUUUUAUAGGUCAUGUAACAUUAAUGUGUAUAGGAAGUUAAGAUAGGCUGCUGGAGCGGCGCGACGACGACUCACGCGUGCGGUUUGCUGGAAUAGUGGUAAUAAAUCGGUGUCAACUCGGACUGAUAAUAGUAUAAAGUCAUUAGUCAAAGAAGACCUUUGAGCGGGAGAGAGAUUGCUUGUGGUGUCCAGUGAAGGGGGUGAUGUUUCCUUCUUUUGCUUAUCUCUCACAUUUUUGUCUCAUCGGCAUGAUGGAGUGUUGAUACAGUGUAUUCGGACUGUACUACAUUGUUCAUCCUGAUUGGUCGUCCUCUGUGUGAUUACAAGAACGAUCUCGACGCUGUAGUCACCAGCAAAGGGGGCAGUCGCAAAACAAGCAUCACAAUCGGCCCUCUGCCCCUAGCGGGCCAGUCAAAAGGGGUAAAUACCUGGACUUGCAUCGUUUGACGCUCUACCCUGCGCAGGUUCACAAUGUCCCAGGCUAAGUAGAUCUUUUCAAAAAUGAAAUUUGUCAGUUGAACCUUAUGUAGAGUGUUGUAAUCAGUGUUUAUUUUACAAAGAGCUCCUGUACCCUUUUAACUUUGAGCCUAAAUUAUUUACCUCGAAGGACACUCUUACGAAGUGUGAAAAAAGUAAAACGAGAGAGAGAGGGCAAAAUUUAAAUAUACAUCAUGCCGUGCCCGUCAGCUGAUUUUUGCCGUUUUUAGUCGUUCAGAAUUGUCUAUGUGAAUUAUGGUUCUUUCCAGUGAAGUAAAUUUUGUGGUCGUUCACCCUCUCAUGGUUGUAAGUUGAUCGAUGCAUCGCCGAUCAGCCGUCAUCCUGUAGGACACAUUUGUGUCCUACCGGGCAUCAUCCUUAUACCAUGAAUACACCUUGUAGGUAAAAUCAUUGAUAUACAAAGUUAUAAUUUUGAUGGUCCAAAAAAAAAAGGAUUAAUGUUGCAUUGAACUUUGUGUGUGCCAUAAUUUUAAUCUGCGGUGGAUGUUAUAACAUUAUGCAACAUGACCCACUUAAUGAGGUGGAGUGCAGUGCAAAAUUUUAUGAAGGAUUCUGAUAGUAUAUUUCUCUCUUUGAUUUUUGCAUAAUUUCAUGAAGUUAUCGAAGUUUGACAGUUAAUCGCAUUGGAUGUGACCUAUAUUGAUUGGUGAUAUGUGGAUAGGGUUGCUGUUCCUUGCAGUGUAUAAGCGUUAUGAGCAGCAGGACUGUACAGUUCCUCUACAUACUUGUCUUGGACAUUAGAUUUUGCGCUAUAAAUAUAGAAAUAAAUGUGCUGGAGUACAAUCA